UGGCGCACGCGCUUACUGAAUGAAAACUCAGCUAUUGUCCACAUAUUUGCAAACUUCAAAAUCUGUUCGUUCUCGUAGUAAGGCGAUAGAAAAUGAUUCCCUUGUAAGCAAUGUUAUGGAUUUGACUGAAGGAAAUGUUUCUUGCAAUGGUAAUGAUGAUGGUGGUAGUGAAUUCGAUAAUGGUUCAAGUUACAACGAAGGCGAAGCCCUCGAAGCAAAGCAAAGUAGCAAUGUCAACAGCAGCCCUUCGCAAUGGCCGCUGAGGCAUAACAUCGACAAUGAAAGCCUUGAGAAACAUAAUUCUUACUCGUGUAAUGGUUUUCGACAAGCAAAAAAACCUCGAUAUACUUAUACGGGGAGAAUUUCACGAAUUCCUUCGCGAUAUCUCGACACAGAUUCGGAUAGUGGCGACGGAAGUGUAAGGUCUGUAAAAGAUAGCCAGAAUAGAUUGAAAGUUAAACGAAGCCGACGGAGAAGAAAGCUGCCAAGCAGUAAUAGUAAAUUGCAUGUAAAUGGUUUUAAAGAACAUGGGGCUGCUAUGCUGCUUCCUGUUGUAGAAUUUCAGGUCGACAGGAUUACAAAUAAUUUCGGGGAGCAAGAAUGUCUUGCAAAUGUCGAAUACCCCGAUGUUUUUGAAGACACUUCUCCAAUUUCGAACGAUAACAUUUCACAUGUCGCCGAUGAAACCCCAGACAAGGACUCGUUGGACCAAAUUACUUCGCAAGGUAGUGAAGUAAUGUGUGAAAAGGCUUCUAAGCCCGAUGCUGUAAACGGAGAACCCACAUUGGUAGAUAACUUUUGCUCCAGACAGUCUAAACAGACAGCAGAGCAUUCUUUCACAAGCAAUGGUUGUUGCGUUGAUAUUUCGGGCAAGAACAAUGGCAGGCGACGCUUCGAAUCGCUAAUAAAGCCAGAAGAGGAAUCUACACCAGAAAUUAACGAACAUACACAUUUAAAUCGUUCCACGACACUUGUAAAUACAUCAUUUAAAGGUAAUUAUUUGCACGAAACUUCGAAUUGUGUUUCGUCAAUGAGACAGACAGUCGUCAGCCCAAAACAAAUUUCAAACGACUGUCAAAUGUCGUGUACAUUUCACAACGGCAAUGCGGGAUCAUUUAUCGAAAGACAAAACUGUAGAUAUUGUAAAGAAUGCACUUUAAAUUCACCAUCCGUAAAUAUUUCGGCUGAAAAUACUCAAAGUGGUACAGAAAGUAAGGAAUUUGAACUUAGUGGCAAAGUAGCUGGUGAUAUUGGAAGUAAAUCAUCGAAGAGAAAACGUAUUGUAAAACCUUGUGCGAAGCUGGACAAAACAUUUAUCUUAAAGGACAUGCUAAAAGACCCAGACUCUGCCAAAGCUGAUGGAUCACAGUGUUUGAAAGAUUUAAAAAUGAGAAAGGCUCUAGCUAAGAAACUGAAGCUUCGAAGAAACGAGAAAACUGUCAAGAACGAUGUUUUAAAAAGAAAUAGAAGAAAUGGGGCUAUAUGCAAAGUAAAGAAAACUUCUUGUGCUAAGGUGGAUGUUGAGGUCGAGGAAAAUCAGACUAACAAAAUGAACAAGAAGAUGGGUAAGCUGACCAAGGUAAAGGAUUCAGAAGCAUCAAAAUCUUCAGAGGAUCUUGAUAGAGUUUUGGGUAUGCGUCGAAGUCCUAAUGGUAUUUACGAGUUCCUUGUUCAGUGGCAGAAUGGAACGAGUUGUUGGGUAUCAUCAGAUGACGUUGUAAUGGAUAAACAUAAUUAUUAUUUGCGUGAGUAUCUUGUUGAAUGUGAGCAAGAUGUCUCUGUGGUCAAUCGGGUACCAUUUCAAGCAUAUUGUUGUGAUAGCCUGAGCUUGAAGGAAUGUACGUUUGCAUUCAGUUCACAGAAGGCUCUCCGGAAGAUGCUCUGUAGUGAAACUGAUGUAAAUACUGUUCGUAAGUCGCAGGUUGGACCAACAAAGCAAAAACAUGAUGUAUCUGUUAAAUAUGAGGAAAGCUUUUGUUAUAUUACACUCAAUCGAGAAACAUGCAAGCGUAAAGGUACUUGUCUAAAGAUAAUGUCGGAUCUAAUCACGGCUUUGGAAGAUGUGGCAACAAGCCAGUGUGAUGUGGUAGUUAUGCGAGGUUUGGGAAGUGGUGUGUUAUGUGGAAUGAAACUUGAUGAUAUGUCCAAGACAGGAGUAGAGAAAGACAAUGUAGUACUGGCCAAAACCAGGUAUUUUGUGCAAACAUUAACGAAUUACCCAAAGCUUCUCGUGGCGCUGAUCUCAAAAUCAGCUGAAGGUAUUGGUGCCGUGAUUCUCUCAUUAUUCGAUAUGAUCUGUGAUGAGGAAACCUGGGACCAAAAGCAGAUCCUAGAUCCCUGUGAAAACAGCACUAAAGGGGAGAAUAAUGUUUAUACACUACCAAGACUUGCAGGUCAUUCGUUACCGAGUGAAGAAAUACUCAUGGGUAGGAAUGUUGUUGUCUCUGAGCCCGGUGAAUCAAAAUCGUCUCUCGAACCCAUCCUAGCAAAUUCUUCUCUUGAACCAAGUCUUACUGUGACGAGUACAGUAAUGGAAAUCGAAGCAACUUUGCGUCGUUUCGGAAAGCAAACAUCGUUUCUCCAAGUCAACGAAGCGUUUCCAACUAUCAAAUCGGAUUUCGCUUUGUUUGCAAACAUGAAUCGUGAGAAUUCCUCUGUACCCGCGGGUGACAGUUGCUUAGGUAACACCGAGGAUGGGUCCUCUGUAGCUGUUCGUGAUGAUAGCUUAUCCAAUAAUACUAUUGACGUCAAUGCUGACCUGAAUAUAAGUGACCCAAAUCCUGUCACUGUCAAUUCUCACCCAGGCACCAACCUGGAUGAGGUGGACCGAGGGCCGCCAGACCCUGAAAUCUCAACGAACGCUAAUUGUAAUGAAAACAACGAUAGCGACCAACGUGUGCAGGCCGAUGCUGAUCAAACUACGAAACACAUGCAGAGAAAUAUUUUUACGAAUGCAAAUGAAGACUCUAGAAGUGACUAUGUUCCAGUUACUGUUGGCCAGAGUGAAGAUAACAACACUAAUAUUGAUAACAGUACAUUGAACAAUACUACAGGAACCGUCAGAGAUCAGGCUGCUCCUAGCGAGGGUGAAAUAGAACAUGAAGUCCAUAAAAUUUUGGAUAUUACAACUUUAGACAAAGGUAUUGCAGAAAGCACCAAAACUACGGAUGCAUCUGAUCUGACCGAAAGUGCACCAGUUGAUAUCAUUAAUGACCAUGAGGCAGCCAACAAACAAGAUAGUAUAGAAGAUAUUCAAUCACAACACGAUACCAGUAUGAAACCUAAGAAUAUUUCUAACCAAGCUCAUUUUUCGAGUUCAAUCACUGAGUGCAUAGGAAGCGACACAAGUUCCAUAAACAAUUUAGGGGACGGUGGGUUAAAUGUUGCGUCGUCUAUGGACAGUUGCGAGAUCACUUGUAGCGAGGUAAACAAUACCACGAGAAAUAUCUCCGAGGCAGGCAGCAAUGAGCACGAUUCCUCAACUGACAAGGACAGUUUUACAACGAACAUUCACAAUGCUGCGUUUGGAUAUGCAAAAACGGAGCACAACGGCACUGGUACUAUGGACAACUCACAAGUUGUCACUAUGGCUGAGCGUACGUCAAGCGAAUGCAUUCACCACGAUGACAUUAAGGAUAGAAUCGAUGUUACGUCAGAGAAGACAAUAACCUGCGGUGAAUUUAAUUCAAGUGAGCAGGUUGUUGGUGCAGAGAGCUCAGUACGAGAUAUAAGUGGAGAUUCGUGCGAUUCGACGCAGUCGAGACUAACUGAAAUUCAUACGAAUGAAAACAAUUCAUUAAGCAACAGGAAAUUAAGUCAUGAAUCUCACGACAUAGAACUGGCUAAGGUUGAAGAUUUAAAUAAUGGAGCAAGAGAACUUACUGCUGUGAACAGCAAAGUAACGAAUAAUACCCAACAUUUUACAACAAAUGAAGUUGAUACAGAUAUCACAAACUAUUCCAAUGCAUCAGACAGUUUCCAACUGGGAACCAUACCACACGCAAUUCCCGACGCAAUUCCCGCAAGUCCUGUCGAACACACUAACGCAUCGUCUACAACAUACUCGGCAACGGCGGCAGUUGACCGAUAUCUUAGAAAAUUAGAAGCUCAACUCGAGGAAGAAAGACGACAAGCGCAACGAUACAUUGAAGAGAUUUCAAGACUGUGUAAUAAUACGAUUUUAUACGAGAGUUAAUAAAUAAUAAGGGGGGUAUAAUGUUUAUAUUUGGCUGAUAGAUAUUCUAGGUUUACAACGCUUUUACUUGUGAGGGCUAAUACGUUUCCACAUCUGAACAGCUAUUCCGGCUUAGCAGGAUUGUCUGAUUGUGUGAUCAUGGUGUAUUACGCCGAAAUGGAAUUCUUUGGUAAACGGGAUAACUCUUCCAUGGGGAAAGAAUAAACUAUUUCACUAAUGAACACUUUUCCGUGGUAACACCAUUGUCUAAACGUUUUUCGAAGACGUAUACAUAGUAUAAAACUGACCAUGCAUUGUUUUUUCAAUACGUCCAAUUUCCUGUGGCAAGAUAGUGUCGCUAAUUUCAAAGGAAGUCUAUCAGUGGAAAAUUGCACUGGCUUGCCUAUGAGGCCAUGUGAAAGCGUUUUAUACCUACCAAAUAACUAUCGCAUUGUAUACUUGAAAUUUGUAUGUAAUCGUUUUGGAAUUUUUGUAAAUUGAUGUGUUCGUGUCACGCAUGUAGGCUGAAUUUAUUGAUGUAAAUACAUACUUUCAAUACAGUUUUCUAGCAAAGAUUGUAGAUAGUCUGCACGCGAGAUUUCUAAUUUAUUCGAAAGGUAUAGAAACCGAAUAUUAAUUACAAUUUUCAC